AUGCCCUCGCGCCUCAAUGCGCCCGUCCUAACCCUGGACGCGGCCAAGAUGCACCAAGUAGAUCCCCGAAAUGUAGAGUCCCUCUUCGGCAUGUGGACCGUCUUCAACAAAUGCUCUCAGAACAUCAAGGACGGAUCGAGAUUAGAAAAUCUGAGCUGGAGAUUAUGGGCCAGAGAGACUUUGUGCUGUCCGCCGCAACCUGACAAGUCGAUUGUCCCAGCCAUCGAUGUACCCGCCGCGCGCACAAGUCAGGUCCCUUCACUAUCGAAUUCACCUAGUAGCUCAGACGAAAGUGGAAGCGAAGGCGAGGAAGAGGAAAUCUCACAGGAGAAGAGAAGGAGAAGUCCCAGCCUUGCAGACGAAGACAGCGCCCUGUCGAAAUCCAGAGGCAAAGAGCCACACCUUACACCCACUACCUUGAAGAAGAUCGUCGUCCAAAUACAAGAGAAGUCGGAGUUGGGCCCUCUAUCACCAUCAAUCAAAGCCUCAAUAUCUUCAUUACCAGCUGAAGCAGAAAAGCCGACCGACGAAGAAACAGAGAGCAAACCAUUACAAAACUCAACCGACUCAUGUAUAUCGGGAACCACCAUCACUACGACCAGCACAUCAGCAACAAGAAAAAGCGACCACAGAAGUUCGGAUACCUCGGUAUCAUCAGACGGACUAAUCAGAAGUGGCUCAGUUGUGCAUGGCUUCUCGCCUGUCUCAACUUCAUUCAGAGCCAAGGCCAUGUCUGGACUGCCGGUUCCUUCAAGCAAACUCGCCGUCUCGCCCGCACAAAAGCCAGGCAUGUUCCAGCUAGGCGUCUCAUCAGAAGACGACGAAAGCUCCUUCGAGAAUAGACCUUCGGCCCUCAAGCCGCCACCGGCUCGAAGUUCGCUAUCCCACAGCCUGAACCGCCAGCAAAUCGCCGGCCGGCUACAGAAGAAAACCACCUCCUUCCGUGACAUUGUCGAGCAAAGACGCAUGGACUCUGAUGCCGAAGCAGAUGAAGGCGCCAUUGCUACCGACAGCGAAGACGGUGACAGCGUUUUCGACGAAGAAGAAAACGAUGAUUGGGAGGAUUCACCCUCGGACGACGACAAGACUCCCGCCCAAGACCCUCCCACAUUCCGCCGUGUCGAGUCCCGGCCGGAUCUCGUCUCCCGCCCCAGCAUGCUGUCCAUGCAACUCGACCAGCGUCGUCGUACCUCGGGUCUGCAGAACGAAGCCUCGCGCUCGUCGCCGGCAUUCCGUCGGUCUCGGGCCGCGUCGCCGAACGGACCUUCACUCCCGAGAUCACCCGAAGAUCACGACGAAGACGGCGGGUUAAUGAUGCGGGGAUCCGAUCCCAAACCACAACCGCGGCCCAUGCCCAUUGCCAUGCCACAACCACCGAACCAGACCCUAGCACACUCGCCCCGGACGACACGGCGGAAUAUGCUUUCCACGGAACUGACCGAGUCACUGCGGAAGAACCUGCUAUGGGAACGCCAGCAAAAGUCCCAGACGGUGAAUGCGUUCCUCAAACGCAACCGCAAUGCGCAGAGCAUGGCGAACCUGCAGGGAGCGGUAAAGCAACCACCGCUGGCACCCAAGCAGCCCGAACACCGCAGCAACAACUCAUGGAAUCAAGAGUUUGAUAAUCCAUGGGAGUUCAACGCCAAGGGCUGGUGA